CCUGAUUGCAACCACGGCAGUAAGGCGUCAAGAUCGAGACCGCAACGAUUGCAGAUUUUUCAUGUCAGAUAGACAGAAGGAGUUGGAAAGCGCAAGACGGGGAGCCGCGGAGAGGAACGGACAGAGGCCGAGAGAGAGAGAAAGAGAGAAUGUGUGUGUAAAAGAGAAACAGAGAGGGAGGGAGCGGAAUGGAGGAAUCAUAUCAAGAAAUACGAAAACGGAUGUAUUGAUUUAUAUCCAAACCAUUACGCCAAACACAGUACCGUUUUCUUCAGGCUAACAUAAUCUCGUUGAUUGCAGCAGUUCCCUCAAGGAGACAGAGUGGAGCCACGGGUCUGGUAGAGGGGAGUACAAUGACAACCUGGUGAAUGUAGGAUAAACUAACAAACGGACGAAAUGGAAUAAAACCUCGAAUAAAGACUGGUCGGUUUCCGCAUCACCAUCCGGGAGUGAUGAGAAGAAAAACGGGGACACAGGACUGUUUUUCUGCUAGUGUCGCCAGUCAGGGCAAUUAUCUCGGCGUGUGGUGGAGUGAUCGGUCCUUAUUCCAUUACGCUCCUCCCCUGUUCCACCACGCCGCCAGUUUCGCCGGGGUGUUGUAAUAUGGAGAGUUCUAAUGGCUCUGGAACCAGCGAACCCACAAAACCACCAAACCACCAGUUGGAGAAGAAACGGUUAAACCGCGCGCCGUCUCCGGCCAGGCCAUUCCUUAAGGAUGUCCACUCUUCCCGUUCCUUGCCAAAGCCAGCGGCUAUCGUACCAAAAUCUCCAACACUGGGCAAGCAGCAGUCCUCUUCUCCAGUGCCCUUACCAUCCAAUUUAAACCGCAUCUCUAGACGCACCCCAACCGGAGGGAAGGACAACAAACCAGCAGCGGUGAGAAAUCACGGCACCAAGUCGUCCACAGUCACAAAAAAGACCACUAAGGUCAUUCACCAUGCCACACCUGAGCCUAAAACGACCGCCGUCAGCAAAGCGUCACCGGACAGCAGCACGAGCAGUCCACACCUCGCCCUUAAAGCCAAGAAGACUAAGAUUGCCACUCUGACCGCGUCACACCACGGCCCUGUAUGCCAUGGCUCCCCAAUCCGCGUUCCAACCGGUGCUACUCCCCUCGGCAGCAGGGUCAGCCAGACCGACAGCAGCUCGGAUCUCUCCGACUGUCCCUCCGAACCCCUUUCGGACGAACAGCGCUUAGCUGCGGCCGCCAGCAGCGACGCUGAAUCGGGGGGCUCUGGCUCCGGAACCAGCGACAGGGAUCAAUUGGGAGCGGAUUAUCCCCCGCAUGCAGCAGCAUCUGCAUCAGAAGCAGCCGGAGCGGCAGGUGCUUCUGUUGGUAGUGGUGCUGGUUUAUUGAGCACCGCAGAGGGUAGCGCGACUGCUGCGGUAGCGGCAACGGAAGGGAAAGCCAGCAUGUCGGCUCCAGGAGCUGGCGCCCACGUCCCCGCAGAGCGGAGUAAACAGGAGAAGGCAUCCACAAGCGCGCAAUUUAUAAAACUGGAAUGCGGCAAGGAGAUAAUUGAAGAGGAUUUGUUACGAGAAAUUGAAGAUCUUCAUUCUGAAAACGACUACCUCAAGGAUGAAGUGGAGGAGCUGCGAGCCGAGAUGGAGGAGGUGCGUGACAGUUACCUGGAAGAGGAGGUGUAUCAGGUCCAGGAGUUACGCCGGGAGCUGGAUCGCUCCAAUAAGAACUGCCGGAUUCUCCAGUACCGGCUCCGUAAGGCCGAGCAGAAGAGCCUCAGGGUGGCUCAGACCGGACAUGUGGACGGAGAGCUCAUACGCAACCUGGAGCAAGACCUCAAGGUGGCGAAGGACGUGUCCGUGCGUCUGCACAACGAGCUGGAGAGCGUGGAGGACAAGCGGACCCGGGCGGAGGACGAGAACGAGUGUCUUCGGCAGAGGAUCAUUGAGGUGGAGAUCUCGAAACAGGCUCUUCACAACGAACUGGAACGGGCCAAAGAGACCGCGUUACGACGAAGAGGGAGCCGGGAAACGUUUAAGGACAAGAAAUCCCUGACCCAGGAGGACAGCGCGGAUCUCCGGUGUCAGCUGCAAUUCUCAAAGGAAGAGUCCACCCUCAUGCGUAAGAAGAUGGCCAAGCUUGGCCGGGAGAAGGAUGAGCUGGAGCAGGAGCUACAGAAGUAUAAGUGUGUGUACGGCGAUGUGGACAGCCCCCUGCCCCUGACCGAGCUCGCCGGCGGGGGGCCCCACAGCACGAGGGAGGCCGAGCUGCGCCUCCGGCUCAAACUGGUCGAGGAGGAGGCCAACAUCCUGGGGAGGAAGAUUGUUGAGCUGGAGGUGGAGAACCGAGGCCUGCGGGCAGAGAACGAGGACCUCCGCUGCCAGUACGAGAGGGACUGUUUUGGCCGUGAACCCUUCGGCAGCAUGCCCUCCUCGCCGUAUGGCGGAGACGCCCUGGAGUCCGCCGGAGAGCUGCGGCGCCACCUGCAGUUUGUAGAGGAAGAGGCAGAGCUCCUCCGGAGGUCCAUCUCGGAGAUUGAGGACCACAACAAGCAGUUGACCUCCGAGCUGAACCGCUUCAAGUUUGGGCCGAGAGACGAGGAGGGUGAGGUUGGGCUGAUGAAGCCCGGUAACGGGAGUAACGGGAGUAGCGGGAGCGGUGUCGUGGUGGUGGAGGAGCUGAAGGCCGCCCGGAUGCAGAUCAACGAGCUGAGUGGGAAGGUGAUGAAACUUCAGUAUGAGAACCGGGUCCUGAUGUCCAACGUCCAGCGGUGUGACCUGGCGCAGCAUCUCGGCCUCCGUACCGGCUCUCCACGUGACAGCGACGCCGAGAGCGACACCGGCCGCCGAGACCCAGCAGAAGAAGAAGAAACCGGGAGACUCCUCCUCCUACACCCCAAGAGGGAGGGGCCCGUCGGAGGCGAGAGCGACUCUGAGGAUCUGUUCGAAAAGACGACCACCACCUCCGGGUUUGGGAGUCACAAACCCCUCGACGAGCUCAGUGGGCUCAGCGCCGGCGAACUAGCCGCUCGCAGACGGGAGGACCGCGAGACGUUCACCAAUGUGAAACGAGAAGCAGAGCGUCUUGGGAAAACCGUGGACCGUCUCAUCACGGAUACGGACAGUCUGAUCUACGAGGGGAAGCUGGUGGUUACAGGAGGGCUGAGGGGAGACGGUAGCGAUGGAAGCGGGGAGGAAAGGGGGGAUGUCGGCUCCCUCCCCGAGCCCAAACAAGACCCCAUGAUCCUGGACACAAUCAACAACCGUAUGAAGGCCUUCCGGACGGAGCUCCACAUCUUCAUGGAGAAGGUGGACCACCUGGGAGAGGGUCUGCGGGAGCGAGGAGGAGACCGGGAUCGCGGGGAUGACUUGUCGCCAAUGCCCAACCUCACAGAGUCCAGCAGCUUCUUGUCAGGGGUCACCUCCAUGUCACGUGACUCGCCCAUCGGCACUCUGGGAAGGGAUCUGGUCACUGACUUCCAGUCACAGUCCGGUGCGAGGGAUGAGCUGGAAUGGCGCCUAAGACAGGAGCGAGCCGUGGAGACCCAGGGCCAGUGGGGUCUUCCUCAUGCCCCGGCCCAGAACAGGGGAUCCUCCCUGGGACAUCCUAGAUACCGCAGGCCCCCCCAGGCUUCUUUAAAAUCAGAGGAUGAGGAGCGGAAGAGGUUGGAGGCUCAGAGUCUGAGGGCCAGGGGAGGUCUGGAGCUUACCGGCCUGCAGGCCCACGAGGUUCCCUGGGUCCAGGAGAGGACACUCCUGCAGCAGGAGGUGCGGCUGUUCAGACACAACACCAUCAUCUUCUACAUGAAGCUGCGCUGGAUUCUCCUGCACUGGAGACUUGGACGACGGCCGGAGACUGGGGAGGAGGCCGCCCACUCCGAGUAUGAGAAGUUGGAGGGAAUACCAGAACUGGGAGCUUUCUCGGAGCAUGGCGAGGGAGAGAUGGAGAGAGAGACCAGGGACCGUUUGUAUACUCAGUUACCCCCGGGAGACAGCCCUGAUCCUGGGACCAGCACCCACCUCCUCUCCCCCGAAUGCCUGCAGCACCAGAGACAGGCUGGUGAGAACCGCAGGGUGCUGAGUGCUCUUCGGGCCCUCCUGGAGGAGUUCCGGUCUGAAAUCAGGGAAGAGGAGAACAGGAGGUGGCAGCUCCAGCAGACCUAUGCCGACGACAAGGCAUCCUGGGAGGUGAAAUGGGCAGAGUUGAAGUGUCACGUUGCUCAGUUGGAAGAGGAGAGAGGAGAGGCAAGAGGAGAGAUGAGAGGAGAAGCCAGAGGGGAGGUGCAGGGUGCGGGAGGGACGGGAGGUGACCCCGAGUGGGCCUUUAAGCAAGAGCGAGAGGAGCAUCGCCGCCUGCUGGCCGAGAGCCACAGCACCUCCUUGGACCUCCGCUGGAAGCUGCAGCACGAGGAGAAACGGUGGGGCAGAGAGAGGAGCGACCUCCUGGAACGUUUCGACCAAGAGAGACAGGAGUGGGACAGCAACAUGAGAGACAUGCACCGCAAGAUGGAAAGGCUUCAGAGAGAGCUGAAUGUGCGGCGAGGCAGUGAGGUCUCACCCUCUGACGGGUUGACAGUGGGUCACAGAGGCGUCUCCUUUUUGCCUCAGGAGAGCCCCUGUAAGGCUCCUCGCUCCCCCCGGUCUCCACACUCCCCCCGUUUAGGGACCCCAGGACCGGCCGUUCUCCCCACCCGCUCCCAUUCAGAUUCGGAGGCCUUGGAGGAGCAGGGGGCUGUGGUUAGGGUCCGAGCCCCGACAGAGAACCUGUUCCUGGACGCUCUGACACUGGACCCCCUGGGAGGUCUGGAGGUCCCACCACCCAGCAGACUGGACUCUGAUAAAAGGUUCCCCUGCAUUAAUCAGGCUCUGAAUGAGAUCCCAGACCGCGAUGAGCAGUCAUACCUGGAGGAGGAAGAGGAGAUGGGCUGUGGCAGUCUGCUCAGAUGUACUGAAGCAGAAUCUCCUCCCCUCCUCAGGGCCAAGUCUGUCUGCUCCAUGAGUGACUUCCAGCGCCUGAUGGACAGUUCCCCCUUCCUGCCCGACAAGAGUCGUCAUGGUGAAUGUGGGCGCGACGACGUGACCCCGCCCCUGUCACCUGACGACCUGAAGUACAUUGAGGAGUUCAACAGCAAGGGGUGGGACUUCCCGGUCCCUGGCCCCUCCCCUACACCCAGUCACCACGCCCCCAGCGCCGUGGAGGCCUGGGCAGAAAGAGCCCCCGCAGAACCGUUCCAGUCCAGUUCCAGUUGGUUCCUGACCACCAACGUCACCCUGACCACGAACACCCUGUCCGGCCCGGAGCCUCCCUGCACGCCCCACUGCCAGCGGUCCCCUCUCAGGGGCAAUGGGGGAAACGGAGGGGGGGUCGCGGUCCACGUUGCCCACAGCCCCACCCGACCCCCCGGCCCCCCCGAUCAGGACUACCUUUACCCCAAGGGGACCAAGGGGAGAGGGGGUGGGGGUGAGGCCGGCGGGGUGGUUAGCCCCGAGGUUGGAGGAGGUCCGGACGAAGUCUUUGGGAAUGGAAGGUGGUCACCCAGCUGUCACAAGGAUUUACUGGAGGCAAGCGGGGGGCUCGGGGCUGGGUUACCCCUCCCCACUGUGGGGUACGCCUCCUCCCUGGAGUUGCAGCUGUCUCGGAACCUUAGCGAUGACAUGAAGGAGGUGGCCUUCUCCGUGAGGAACUACCGCUCAAGCCCGGGCACCGUGGAGCGCCUGGACCAGCAGAGACAGCUCAGAGACACGGCCUGUCAGACCAACGGUUUCACCACGCGAGGCACCCAGACCACACAGACCAUCAAUGUAGGGCUGCAGACUGACGUCCUCCGAACCCUCACCAGCUCGCCGCACCGCUGCCUCACUCCGAAAGGAGGAGGCUCCACCCCCAUCUCCUCCCCCUCCCGGAACAUCCGCAAGAUCCAGUACUCGCCCGUGGUCCAGUCUAAGUUCGAGCGGCCGUGCUGCUCUCCGAAGUACGGCUCUCCUAAGCUCCAGAGGAAGCUGUCGACGUCAUCGAAGGCGGACGUUCCCGGGGGGGCUUCCUCCUGCUCCACAGCAGGCCCCAGGGCCCCCACCCCGACCACUCCCCAGAAGUGUUUUACAUCUUCUGUGAUGUUCCAGGGGGCCUCUGAGUCGGCCUGGGCUCGUUCCACAACCACCCGGGACUCCCCGGUCCACACCACCAUUAACGACGGCCUCUCCAGCCUCUUCAACAUCAUAGACCACACCCCCGUGGCUUACGAACCCCCGCAGUCCAAAUUCACCAAGUCCCCCAGCCGCUGCCGACCCACCCCUCCCGAGCCCUCACCUCCCGGGGUCCCCCUGUCCGACCCCAGAGACCCCAGGUCCCUCGGAAGCGUCCAGGAGUUCCUGAGGAACGUCCGCGGCCGCUCCCCCAGCCCGGUGCAGCUGAUCGUAGAGGCCCAGGGCGGAGCGGGCGGAGCGGGCGGAGAGAGGACCCCGGAGGUCCUGAGUAUACGACAGGACCUGUCGGCUCCGCCCGGGUACACACUGGCCGAGAACGCUGCCCGCCUCCUCAACAAGAAGCUGCUGGAGCAGAGCUUCAGGGAGGAGAAGAGGCUGGGGACCGGAGCACCGAGCAGAGAGGGGAGGCCGACGGAGGGAGACCGAGCACAGACGGGGUGCAUGGAGGACCUCCCCCGUUCCCCGGUGGCUCCUCCUUUGGAGUCGUGUUUCCAGCGCCCGGCCAGGCCAGCCAACCGCAGGCCCCCGUCCCGCUGGGCGGCCCACUCUCCCUCCUCCUCCCCCCGGUGCUGGCGGGAUGUCAGUGAGCGGCGCUUCUCCUUCCCCAUGGUGUCCAGGACCAGGAAGACGGCCUGUUUACUGGAGCUGGACGAGGCCGGAGCAGGACAGGAACCGUCGUCUUCUGCAUGAGGAGGUCAUUGUCUUCCACCUCCUGCUGCCCCUCUUCCUCAACACACUCCUGAUGAAUCCUGCCUGGAUCUGAUACCUCAAAAAAAAAAAUCCUCAUUCUAGUCACCUCCUCCCUUCCUCUUUACUCCAUAAUCCUCCUUUCCCUUCUUUCAUCUAAGUACCUCAGCCUCCUCUCCUACCUUCUCCUUCUCCACCCUCUCCUCCAUCAGCCUGCCCAGACUCCUCUACCCUCACCUCCAUGGGCCUGCCUGGACUUCAGAUCCCGCUCCUCCCUCGUAGGGACUCGUGGGGGGGAGUUGUAACGGGGGCUGAGGCCCUAAAGCACCAGCUGACCAACUAGGAGGAAAAGGACCCGGAUCAUAGAAUUGAGAACUCUUCACUUUAGAACUCAGUUUAGAAUGAAAAGAACCUGGAAUGUACUGUAACAAGAACCACGACAUCAUCAGAAAUAUUACCAUCAGAGGUGCCUCUACUUCAUUUACCCAUAGUUCCACAUGAUAUAUGUGUACGUGUGUAUGUGUAUGCAAUACAUUAUGUAUAUUCACUUAUAUAGUGAGCACCUUUUCUGGUGUUGAGGGAAAACAAUAUAGAUUUUAAGAACAUAAAGGUUUACACGUUUUCUUUUUGUUUACGUUUUUUCUUUUGUUCAUUUGCAUUAUGCAUAAAGUAUUGGUUAUAUUCCAUGCUAUGUAAAUACUUGUUUAAAAUUAUUUUCUUUCAAAAAGUGUUACUUUUUGCUCCUAGCCUUCGAAGACUGAAGUCCGACUACUCAGUUGUAUUUGUAAACAACAACAACAAACAAAAG